UGUGCGCUCUGGCCCAGCCCGGCGGCACAGCUCCGGACGCAAUGAGCACCGAGAGCCGCCCGCUGCGCUCGCAGGACGGCGGUGCAGAUGCUGACGGAUAAGUGCUCAUCCACUGCCGGCGCACAGAAGCCAUGAAUUGCAGAAGGUUACUCUCAGAAACACGGAGGACGUUUCCAGCUCCUAAAGCGUGCAGCCAGCAGCCGUCGCGGAUCCUCGUUGUGGACGUCACGUCACCUUCCUGGGCCAACACUUGCUCCGUGCUCUCCGAAGCCCUGGAAAACUCUCUGUGUUUGGCAUGCAGUCUGACGGGUCCCUGCCGCAUUCCCUUGCUGAGCCUCUAUCUGGUGCAGAACCAGCAGGAGUGUUUGCUUCCCUUUGUGCACUUGAAGGAGAACUUUGCACGAGUUCAAGCCUGUAUUUCAGAGCUCCGCUCACUGUCAAGAGAAGGCUGCUUCCCACAGGGGGGACAUGGAGUGGUACAGGCCGUGCAGGAUGGAUUGCAGCAGUUCAAACAAUACAGCAGGCACACAGCAGCAGGAGGCUCAGCAAAUAGCUCUGUUGAGAUCACAAUUUUGACGAGCCAGUCAGGUAAAGAAAUUGUUGAGCAGCUGGAAAGGAAGCUAAAAGAUGUAGACCUUGUGAGUCUCAGAAGAAUACAAGUCAUUGAGGUUUUGAAGAGAGACUUUUUGGAGCCAGAGGAUGUGGAACAGUGCACGCCAGCAGAAGAGCCCAGCAGCAGUGAUAUUGCAAUCCUUGGAAUGGACAUUGAUCUGCAAACCAUAGAGGAUAAUGUCAUCAGCUUGGAGAUGCUGUUUAAAACGUGGCUCCAUGACUGUGGCUCAGAGAGGGAACAUCUGCAUCUUCUUCUUCCGUCUGGAGGCCUCAGCUGUGGCACUGCACCCAAGCCAACCCUAAUGUGUCUGAAGUGUGAUUUGCAAGAAAGAUUGCUCGACCCAGCUCUGCUUUCUGGGACAACGGAUGGCACCCUGAGAACAGCUGAUUUAAACUCACCCUGCCAGAUGACAGCCUGGCCAGCGACGAUGCUGUAUAAACUCCAGGUUGUGAAAGCUCUGAAGUCUGAAGGGGUCUGUGAGUCUGUACUGUACGGACUGCCUUUCAUCAUCAAGCCCACGAGCUGCUGGCAGCUGGACUGGGACGAACUGGAGCUAAACCAGCACAGCUUCCAUGCUCUAUGUCACAGUCUUUUGAAAAGGAAGUGGAUGCUUUUGGCCAAACAUGAGCCACACAACACUUGUCCAAGCUGGAACACUGUGGUGCAUUCCUACUACAUCAUUGUCCCUUCUGACUCUGCCACUCUGCUUGUCAAACCAGUGGCUGCCAGAGAGCUCUUGAUGCCAUCAGCCUUCCCAGCCCUCUCUGCUGAGCAUCCUGAGAGAGUACAGGGUGCUAUAGAGAGUGCCCUGAACAGCUUAGAAGUGGAAGUUACUUAUAAUCCCUUACACCUGAAAAGCAACCUCUAUAAAUACCUGAAAAGUAUGCUGUACAGACCGCUGCACAGGCAGCAGCCCCAGCCCAGGGAGCAGCGACCGGAGCGGCAUCAGCCAAAGCAGCAUCAGAGCAGAGCCAAAGCCACAGUGGCACCCCUCCUGAUGGCUCCUUCUCCUGCCCAACUGUUCAGACCAGCAGGAGUGAGGAGAGAUUCCUGCGCACUCUCCUUCCUUCCCAAAGAGGAUGACAAGAUCCUGCACUGAAGAUACCCCAUGGCACUGCUAACACCCGUCUCAAGCAGUUAAUGGUUUGGCUUCUGAGCCAGAAGCAGACAGGCAAGACAGUGAAGCCUGGCUGAGGUCAGAUGGGUGCUUUCCGUUGUUUGUUGCUCCUCGUUUUAUGGUUUUGUUUGUCACUAAAUCAGUUGGCAGGAAGCUUGGUUCACCAUUCCCUGGUGAAGCUUCCCAUGCCCUGGCAGCUCCCCAUGCCUGGGCAGGUGGCAGUAUGCAGGGUUUCUUGGCCUCUUGCUGUUCAGCUGUUCCCUACAACACCUGAUAUUUCAGCACACAUCACCAACAAGCCUCAAAUUACGUUCUCUAGAACAGACGAGUGCAGCCCACAAACCACAGAUUGCCGUCAGUGAAUGCAGAAAAACUGCAAGGUAGCGUGGUGGGGAAGUUGGGCUGUACAGCAACGUCAAGCCACCCUCAUCCUGCAGAAGGUUUCAAAGAGUGUUCUGAAUAGCAUAAAACAGGGCUUUUGGAGAAUGCUGUCUCCCACAGCAGCACUAUCUGUUCCAAUGCUGAUUUGCCGACUUCCACAGUGGUGUCUGUGUCCCUCUCCUGAGCUCAUGGAUAGUUUGCAGAAGUGCCAGGCUAGCAGCCGUGUCCUGGCCGACUCCUGCACAGUGCAGUAACCCACUGCAGCUGGACCUCAGAACAGUACCUUUCUCCCUGCCAGUUGUUGCUUGAAGCACACCAUCUUAUGGCCCAUCUGCACAAAAGAGACUGUUCUGCAAGCUGGCGUGGCCAUACAUCUUGGCAAGGCUUCCCAGAUACAGGGAGUUGCCCGCAGCUUUCCAGAGAGCUGAGUGAGCCCCAGUUUUUCAGUGCAUCCAUAGGACAGCUGCCAGAGCAGGAGCUGAGGACAGUGCAACUUAACCAAUGUGGGGCAGCAUCACUGGGCUUCCUGGAUACUGCUCACAAACAGGGAUUUGUGUUCCACGUAGUUUGUUCUAACGUUCUGUUUCAAAAUAAAGUCCUCUUGCUAAAUGUUA